UUCUGUCCAUCAUUCAGCACCACGAGCGAUUUGCACAAAUGAAAAAGUGGGUCCAGUUUCCCUGAAUGGAUACUGGGAGUAAGAGAAAGCUACCGUCAGGAGAAACACAAUCUGACAAACUGGGGCAUACUUGGUUGUGCGUUAUAAUCAUGGAAGAUUCCAGCUCUCAAGAGAACUCCCCAGUGUUUUCCGCAGUUGGAACAUCUCCUCCAUCUGUGUCUCCAGCCAAGAAUAGAGAAGAGCCCGAGGUGAUCAAGCUAUGGAAAGAGAACCAAGCCACCAAGUUGGAGGAGAAGGAUCACUUGGAGGAACAAGCCAAGAUCGAACUCAAAGCUCAAGCCAAGAAGGAACUCGAGGAUUGGUACCAAUUACACGCCGAACAGCUUACGAAGCUACAAACGUCCCAUAGAGAGGCCUCCGAAUCCGCUGAGAAAGAGUUCCAGUCCACAAAUAAUGAGAUCCAGCCCGGAACUGAAUGGGAGAGAGUAGCCAAGAUGUGUGACUUUAAUCCGAAAACAUGCCGCAAUACCAAGGACAUUUCCCGACUCCGCUCAGUCAUUCUCCAAUUGAAACAGGGCGGCAAUCCCACCACCUCUGCUCCAAGUAUAUAGUCCAAGCUCUACUUCUCAUUGGAGAACACAAUGUUCCAUAGUUCAAACAAACUCCUGUCUUCUGAAAGCCAUAGCAUGUAACAUAAUAAUGGAUCAAUGUAAUGAACCUGUCGUUUCCUUUAUUAAAGUAAAUAGACAAUUUGAAGGUAGAACGCCUAAAA